AUGUCAAACUCUUCAUCUUUAAAAGUAUUAUCAACUUCAGCUGGUGUCGAUUUAAAUAAUAUUUCCAAUUGGUUGCAUCUGGUACAUAAGUAUAAUGAGAGUUCAUCUAUAUUAUGGACACACUUUAGUGGAUCAGCAGGCAUUAAAAAGGAUUUUGUACUUGUAAGCGAUUUUGACAUUGAAAAAUCAGUUCAUAAUAAUUUGGGAAAAGUUGAAGCUGUGUUAGUUGCAGUCAUGGACGAAGUUGAGUCAAGUGGUAUAAAUAAAAUUCGCUUAAAAUAUUGGAGAUUUAUAACAGUUGCAAUCAAGAUAAUUGAUGUUGCAUUAAGAGAUGAUUUGGAUUUAGACAUUUAA